GGCAGGACGCACCGGGGGGGCUCCUGGCCCCCGCACCUCGGCCGGCCGCUGGAGCGGGCGCAGCGCUGCCUGGCCGCCGGGCAAGCCGCCGGGCUUGGGAGCGCCCGUUCCUCCGCGCUGCACCAUGACAGAGGAAAGCAAAGGGGAAGGCAAGGGGGAGAGCGGCAAGGACCUGGAGAAGCAGCUUCGCUUGCGCGUCUGCGUCCUCAACGAGCUGCUCAAGACCGAGCGGGACUACGUGGGCACGCUGGAGUUCCUGGUGUCGGCUUUCCUCCAUCGAAUGAUCCAAUGUGCUACAGCCAAAGUGGAUAAAAAUGUCACAGAAGAAACAGUUAAGAUGUUGUUUUCAAAUAUUGAAGAUAUUCUUGCAGUUCACAAAAACUUCCUGUCCCUGGUGGAGGAGUGCUUGCAGCCAGAACCUAAUGCGCAGCAUGAAGUUGGAACCUGCUUCCUUCAUUAUAAAGAGAAAUUCCGUAUCUAUGACGAAUACUGCAGUAACCACGAGAAGGCACAGAAAGUUCUGCUUGACCUUAACAAAAUAAGAACAGUGCGGACGUUUCUUUUGAAUUGCAUGCUCCUUGGAGGACGCAAGAACACAGACGUACCAUUGGAGGGAUAUCUAGUAACGCCGAUACAGAGAAUAUGCAAGUAUCCCCUUCUUUUGAAGGAGUUACUGAAGCGGACUCCGAGGAAGCACAGUGACUAUGCAGCACUAAUGGAAGCCCUCCAGGCCAUGAAAGCUGUCUGUUCCAACAUAAAUGAGGCCAAGAGACAAAUGGAAAAAUUAGAGUUUUUGGAAGAAUGGCAGUCUCAUGUUGAAGGAUGGGAGGGGUCCAACAUCACAGACACGUGUACAGAAAUGCUGCGAAGUGGGCUACUACUGAAAAUUUCAGCAGGAAAUAUCCAAGAGAGGAUAUUUUUUCUUUUUGAUAAUCUCUUGGUCUACUGCAAAAAAAAGCACAGGCGAUUGAAGAACAGCAAAGCAUCUGCAGAUGGGCACCGGUACCUUUUUCGGGGCAGAAUAAACACAGAAGUGAUGGAAGUAGAGAAUGUAGAUGAUGGAACAGCUGACUAUCACAGCAGUGGCCACACUGUUAUUAAUGGCUGGAAGAUCCACAACACAGCAAAGAACAAAUGGUUUGUAUGCAUGGCAAAAACCCCUGAAGAGAAGCAAGAAUGGCUGGAAGCUAUUUUGAAAGAGCGAGAGAGAAGAAAAGGUUUAAAAUUGGGCAUGGAACAGGACACUUGGGUGAUGAUCUCUGAGCAAGGAGAAAGACUGUACAAAAUGAUGUGCAAACAAGGAAAUCUCAUCAAAGACAGGAAGAGGAAGUUAACCACUUUCCCCAAAUGCUUUCUUGGAAGUGAAUUUGUGUCCUGGUUGUUGGAAAUAGGAGAGAUACACAAAUCUGAAGAAGGUGUUCAUCUUGGCCAAGCUUUAUUAGAAAAUGGCAUUAUCCAUCAUGUUACAGAUAAGCACCAAUUCAAACCUGAACACAUGCUGUACAGAUUCCGAUAUGAUGAUGGAACAUACUACCCCAGAAGUGAGAUGCAGGAUGUGAUCUCUAAGGGUGUACGACUGUACUGUCGCCUUCACAGUCUGUUUACCCCAGUAAUUAGGGAUAAGGAUUAUCACUUGAGAACCUACAAAUCUGUGGUCAUGGCUAACAAACUCAUAGACUGGUUGAUUGCCCAGGGGGAUUGCCGGACAAGGGAGGAAGCUAUGAUAUUCGGUGUAGCUCUUUGUGAUAAUGGGUUUAUGCACCAUGUGUUAGAGAAAAGUGAAUUUAAAGAUGAACCACUGCUGUUCCGUUUUUAUGCGGAUGAAGAAGUGGAAGGGUCAAAUAUGAAGCACAGACUCAUGAAACAUGAUCUGAAAGUAGUGGAAAAUGUCAUAGCCAAGUCAUUACUGAUUAAAUCUAAUGAAGGCACCUAUGGUUUUGGUUUAGAAGAUAAAAAUAAAGUGCCAAUUAUUAAAGUGGUGGAGAAAGGAUCAAAUGCUGAGAUGGCAGGCCUGGAAGUUGGGAAAAAAAUCUUUGCCAUUAACGGUGACCUGGUUUUUCUGCGACCCUUCAGUGAAGUGGAUUGCUUCCUGAAAGCAUGUUUAAACAGCAGAAAGCCCCUGCGGGUUCUUGUGAGCACUAAACCACGGGAGACAGUGAAGAUUCCUGACUCUGCAGAUGGGCUUGGUUUCCAAAUCCGGGGCUUUGGCCCAUCAGUUGUCCAUGCUGUUGGGAGAGGAACGGUGGCAGCUGCGGCAGGUCUCCACCCUGGCCAAUGCAUAAUCAAAGUGAAUGGAAUUAAUGUCAGCAAAGAGACUCAUGCAAGUGUUAUUGCUCAUGUCACAGCAUGCAGGAAGUACAGGCGGCCAAUGCAGCAAGAUUCUAUACAGUGGGUUUACAACAGCAUUGAAAGUGCACAGGAAGAUCUUCAGAAAUCAAACACCAAGCCCUCUGGAGAUGAUGGAGGAGAUGCCUUUGACUGCAAAGUGGAAGAGGUAAUUGACAAAUUUAACACUAUGGCAAUAAUUGAUGGGAAGAAAGAUCAUGUGAGUCUGACUGUUGACAAUGUUCAUUUGGAGUAUGGAGUGGUUUAUGAGUAUGACAGCACAGCUGGAAUAAAGUGCCAUGUGUUAGAGAAAAUGAUUGAACCAAAGGGAUUUUUCAGCUUGACUGCCAAGAUUCUUGAAGCACUGGCAAAAAGCGAUGAACAUUUUGUGCAGAAUUGCAACAGCCUCAAUUCCUUAAAUGAAGUGAUCCCCACCGAGCUUCAAAGUAAAUUCAGUGUCAUUUGCAGUGAGAAAAUUGAGCAUAUCUACCGAAGAAUCUCUAGUUAUAAAAAGUUUUCAAGAGUAUUAAAAAACAGAGCGUGGCCUACCUUCAAACAAGCUAAGUCAAAGAUUUCACCUCUUCACAGCAGUGAUUUCUGUCCGACCAAUUGCCAUAUCAAUGUGAUGGAAGUGUCUUACCCUAAAACCUCAACUUCCCUUGGUAGUGCCUUUGGUGUACAGUUAGACAGCAGGAAACAUUCUUCCCAUGAAAAAGAAAAUAAAAACACUGAUCAAGGUAAACUGAAUCCUAUGAUUUAUGUCCAGCAUACCAUUACUACUAUGGCUGCCCCUUCAGGACAGUCUCUUGGCCAGCAAGAAGGCCAUGGUCUGAGGUACCUCUUAAAAGAAGAAGAUUUAGAAACACAAGAUGUCUAUCAGAAACUACUGUUCAAAUUACAAGCUGCAUUGAAAGAGGUGGAAACAUGUGUCUGUCAAAUAGACGACCUUCUUUCUUCAAUAACAUAUUCUCCCAAAUCAGAACGUAAAACGCCCGAGCCUUUAAUACCAGCAGACAGUGAUAAUGAAAAGGGGGAAAGGAAUGGGAAAAAAGUCUGUUUCAGCGUGACAGGUGAUGAACAAGAAGAUUCUGGUCAUGAUACCAUCAGCAACAGGGAUUCUUACAGCGACUGCAACAGCAAUAGGAACUCCAUUGCCUCAUUCACCAGCAUUUGUAGCAGUCAGUGCAGUUCUUAUUUUCACAGUGAUGAAAUGGAUUCAGGAGAUGAACUUCCCGUAAGUGUUCGAAUCUCCCAUGAUAAACAAGACAAGCUGCAUAGCUGUUUGGAGCAUCUUUUUGGUCAAGUUGAUUCAAUUGUCAAUCUUCUGAAAGGACCAGCUGUGAUGAGGGCUUUUGAGCAGACAAAAUACUUUACACCAGGUCGAGGCCUCCAAGAGUUUCAGCAGGAAAUGGAACCGAAGCUUAACUGUCCAAAGAGGCUACGACUCCACAUCAAGCAAGACCCUUGGAACCUCCCCAGCAGUGUCCGGAGCCUUGCCCAGAAUAUCAGAAAAUUUGUUGAAGAGGUGAAGGCACGAAUACUCUUGGCACUUCUUGAGUAUACAGAUAGCGAGAUACAGCUGAGGCGAGACAUGGUUUUCUGUCAGAGCCUAGUGGCCACAGUCUGCGCUUUUUCAGAGCAACUAAUGGUGGCCUUGAAUCAGAUGUUUGAUAACAACAAAGAAUAUGAGAUGGAGACACUGGAGGCCAGCAGAAGGUGGUUGGAACAGAUAGCCAGUGCCGGCCUUCUCCUCCAUUUCCAGUCCCUGCUCUCGCCUAAUCUGGCUGAUGAGCAAGCCAUGCUAGAAGAUACACUGGUUGCACUAUUUGACUUGGAAAAAGUUACUUUUUACUUCAAACAGUCAGAGCCAGAACCAUUAGUUGCGAAUGUACCAAUCACAUACCAAGCAGAAGGAAGCCGGCAAACCCUGAAGGUUUACUUCUACCUUGAUAGUUGCCAUUUUGAACAGCUGCCUCAAAGGCUGAAGAAUGGAGGGGGAUUUAAAAUCCACCCAGUACUUUUUACACAAGCAUUGGAGAGCAUGGAAGGAUAUUAUUACAGAGACAGUGUCUCAGUAGAAGAAUUUCAAGCUCAGAUUAAUGCAGCCUCACUCGAAAAAGUCAAACAGUAUAACCAGAAACUACGUGCAUUCUACCUGGACAAGUCAAACUUGCCUCCAAAUUCAACAUCUAAAGCGGCUUAUAUAGAUAAGCUGAUGAGGCCUCUCAAUUGCUUGGAUGAACUUUACCGGCUCAUAGGGUCCUUUAUCCGGUCCAAGCGCACGGCUGCCUGCGCAUACACUGCGUGCAGUGCUUCUGGAGUUGGGUUGCUUUCAGUGUCUUCCGAACUCUGUAGCAGGCUUGGAGCUUGUCACAUUAUUAUGUGCAACAGUGGAGUUCACCGCUGCACUCUGAGCGUUACCCUGGAGCAGGCGAUCAUUCUGGCUCGGAGCCAUGGGCUACCUCCUCGCUAUAUCAUGCAAGCUACAGAUGUCAUGCGCAAACAGGGUGCAAGAGUACAAAACACAGCCAAGAAUUUAGGAGUGAGGGAUCGAACGCCACAGUCUGUGCCAAGAUUAUACAGGCUAUGCCAGCCACCACCACCUGUUGGAGAAGAAUGAGGAGAACUGCUCCAGAAAAUAAUCCAAUAAUGGCCUUUAGGAUACUGGGACUAUAUGACAAAAUCUAACGCACUAUAGCAAUAUAUGCCUGGGGCCUUGAUAAAUAUAAAACCCCCACACCUUUACUCAGGAUAAAGAAAGAAAUACCCUAAAUAUUCUCUGUUGGCAUUGAAAAAAUGACUUCCCAAAAGCAUUUCUGGAAUCUGUGCACUCCAGCUUUACACUAGUAGAACAGAAGUCUUCCUUGGGAAUUUUACACUGGAAUCAGAUUCAUGUGAUGUGUCUUGUUCAGCCACAUGACAGGUAUAUCCAGCAGCUUGAAAACAAGUAUCUUCUUCAGAGAGAAUGACUUAUACGCCAUACAGAAUGCAUUCUUGUGGAAGGAAUAAAAGCAUGGAUAAACUAAGCUUGAUUAUGAGCAUGCACAUCAUAUGGGGCCCUUUGCACUGAUAAUACCUUUUUUCCUGUCACUGUCAUAAUUUCUCAAAAGGAUGACAUUACUGUUUCAAGGAUAUAAUGUAAGUGAGGUUUAAAGAUGGAAAACUCGUCUCAGAAUUGUGUUUAAUGGCUGCAGGCAGACUGCUGCUGUGAACGUGUGCUUGUAAUCAGUAAACUCAGCCAGGUCUUAAGCAGUUUGUUGUCAUACUCCUUUAGAAGAAGUACCUAUAUGGCGUAUGAAGUGAAGUUUUGUCCUUUUUCAAUUGCCAUUAUAAUGAAGGAGAAGGGUAAGUCUGAUCUUCAUCCAUAGUUAGAGUGAACUUCUGACUCUGUCUGAUGGAUGUUUCCUGUUUUCAUGCCUUUGCAUUUCAGAGUUUUCCAGUCUUGUGUAUAUUCUUGUAUAGUACUAUACUAGCAAGUCUACAUAAGGCGAGGAUGAGGCAGUGUUGUUAUAUUUAACUGGAAAUGUCUGUGGUUUAAGUUGAAGCAGUUUGGGGCUUUGAUGUUUUAUGCUACCAUUUCCCAUAUCUUGUCGGAAUUGUUUUGUAUAGCAUUUCCAUUCUUUGGAGUGGUAAUUGUUAAGAUUUAUUUUGAAAUUGUACUGAGUAUUUAGAGGGCCCAGGGAAAAUAUGUUUGUGUUUGACUGUUUUUGGCCAAAGUAUUUUCAGAUGAAAUGCCCCUAAAUGAGGUUUCAUGUGUGAACAUACUAAAACGAAAACUAUAUUCUGAAAUAGUUCUACCUAUAGCAGUAGCUACACAUUCUAUUAGAGCAGGACAUAUACUGUCUGAGUAAAAUUUAUUUUUUUGUACAACAGUGGUCCAUAGUUAUGCUGUAGCUAUCAAACCUCACAACAUAAUUGUUGUCAUAUUAUGUAGUUAUUUAUGAAAUCUUCAACAAAUAUAUUAAUCUGCAAUGAAAUAAGUGAGAAUUCAAAAUGAGCUGUACUCUUGCAGAGAGUGUUUCUAUACAGGAUGUCUAGGGGACUUGUUACUUUUCUCCAAAGGAGGAAUUAGAGCUCCUACCUUUUCCAGUAUUCUUAAUGUUUUUACACAGACUUUAACUUUGCUAAGAAAAUAAAUAUUUUUACAUAUCCACAGAUAUAUAUGUCUGCACAUGUAUGUGAGUUUCAAUAUGUAAAUAUUUAUAUAGUUAUAUCAAUUACUGGUCCAAUCUUAAAUAUAGAAUGUUUGCCUUAAAAUGUGACCAAGACAUGCAAUAAUGAACACUUCAGUAACAAUUUCGCCUUUCUGCUUUGAAUUUUACACUCUUUCAUAGUUACUGGAAGCUGUGGGACUAUAAUCUUUGAUUAAAACAAAACAAAAAACAAAAAACACAUAACAAAGUUUUAUGCUUUAGAAACUUACUCUUUUUGUCUAGGAUGACCUAAGGCUUGUAUAUAAGAGUCACGAUUUCUAUAGUUGCUAUUCUAGUCAGGAUCUCAUACUUUUGUAUGUGUUUUAUUCAGAGAGGCAGUAUUGGCUAGGGUAAUUCCCGCUCCAGGCAAAAGCUCCAAAAAUGUUUCAGCUUCUGCUUUUUUAGACAUCAGGAGUACAGAGAAGCUGUAACCUCCUCAUGCCAAGGAUGGUGCCGGUGUCAGCCCUGGCUGUAAGCUCGCGUUUUCCUGUGAGAUUUGCCCACAUGAGUUUUGGUUUUUUACUACGAGGCAAGGCAGCUGUCAGGUGCAUGAAGCUGCUAAUCCUGUAUAAUAUAAAAUAACCUGGAGGACAAAAUCUGUUGCAUGCACGCACAUUAUUAUAACUAGGCAUCACUUUUUUUUAUUGCAUUGAAAAUGGUAGGAGUGCAAAUAUGCCAAAAUAGUCUUCUUGUGUAAUAUGGGAAUUAUCUCAUUUGUUUUGUUGUUGAAAGCAUGGAGUAAUAGACAUUUCUAAACACGAUGCGACAAAUAGUUCUGAGCCAGUCACUAGACCAGAUUCUUUAGGUAUUGUUUCAUGAAUGUGCAACAGAAAUCUUGACCUGUUUUUUUGUGGGUUUUUUUUUUUUUUUUUUUUUUUGUUUUUUUUUUUUUUUAUCUAAUUUUUGGUUCUUUAUUAUUCCACACACACACACACUCCAGAGGCAGUUUUCAAAAACUUAUUUAGUGCUGUUAGCUCCACUGAUAACCCAUACUGCAAAAUAAAGCCUGAUAUCAUAGGGGCUGAGAAACUUAAACCCUGGUUUUCUGGGGUUACAGGUAGCAUGUAAAGAUAGGAUUUCCAGAGGAAACUGGGCAUAAAUGUCCCACUGACUGUCUGUGGAAAGUGAGUGUCUAAUUUCUCAAAAUUUCUUCUAAAAGCCCGAGUUCACUUAAAACAUUGUGCAGCUUUUCAAACUGCUUUUCUUCUUCCUCUGUUUUUGGAGCACACUGCACAUUCUAACAUGUCUGACUUCUAAUAAUGUUAAAUGGACCUUUAGGAAACCCAUUCUUAAAUUAUAAAUUUACUUAUGUUCAUUAUUAAAGCUAUUUAUCUUGUUUAGUAUAUGUAGAGGUUGUAUUUGUUCCUUAUGCAAGGUGCACUUGCAGAGUAAAAAAAAAAAAAAAAAAUCCAUUCUUAUCACAGUCUGUUUAUCCUCUCAUAAAUUUUUAGACUUACAGAUGACAAGAAGAGAUGACCAAGAGUGAUGAUUUACAAGAACUGUAAUACCCAUAGCUUGUUAAAUCUUUGCUUCUACAGCAACAGAUUAUGCAGCCUAUUUUUACAAUGUCUUGUACUGGUUUAGGGAAAGCAUUCUGUAUGCAAUUUUUACUUUUUCAUCCAAGACAAGUGUAAUUCUUCUGGGAAUAAAUUCAAGGAUCUGGAGACAUACAAUACCAAAUACUGACUACCAUGAUUCAGUGGUAGUCUAGAGGGGAUGUAUUAGGAGAUUUAACAGCUGGGAAGGGAUGGUUAAGGGCAAGGAACAGCUAAGUUGCUAUGGGGUUCGUGCUUGGAGAAAAUUUACCAUUUUUAUUUUAAGAUAGAGCUGAUGAUGUCUGGCCUAUCUUUGUAACCAUCAUCUAUGAAUAAUAGUCUUUAAUCUGUGAAAUUAGCAUUGAUGCAGUCUAGUUACCCAAAUUAAGUAUUUCAUAACACUUCUUCUUCUUCUAGAUUGUAAAUGUAAAUGAAUACCAAAAUGCAUAUAUUACUGUUUCUAAAUGUCAAACAUUUUCGUGUUUAGGGAUCCAUUUUAAAGUAAACAUUCCUGCUAUCAGCUGAACCAACCAGCCAAUUUUAUGUCCACUGAGAGAGUUGCAAUCUUCAGUGGCUUUUUAGAUAGCUUUCACGCAGUUUUAACAAAUGCAUCAGGUUUUGGGAUUGUUUUUUGUUUGUUUUGAUGCAGUCAAUAAGUGGUCAAAACAGCUCUUCUGCUGUUUUAGAGCCAACACAAUUAAACUUAAGUUGAUGAGGAUUUAUAGUAAUCAUACUUCACUUCAUUUGUUAGAAUCCCCUAAUGGAAAAAAAAUGAACCAGUUUUAUCGAUCCGGUUUUACCCAGAGAAAUUCACAAGCAAACAUCAAUGAUUUUUUGUUUUAUUAAUUCAUUGUCAGAUGUAGUAUAUAUAUAUAUAUUUAAGACAAUUGCCUGAAUGUGAGUAUACACAUUGUGGUUAAGCAUGAUGCUCAAGAAAAUAAAGUACCUUUCAUUUAUUUUCAUUUAAAUUGUGAAAUCAGUAACGGUAAUAGAUAGACAUAUUGUUCCAUACUUUUUACUUCAGAGCUACUUCAUGGAUAUGUCUGCCAGCAUUUUAUGCAUAUUUUGCACCAUUUUCGUUUAACAUUAUGAAAAGAGGAGAGUUUCUCAAGCUAAUGCAUUGCCUUCUGUAUUCUAUCUCUGUACUUGUUGAUAAAUGCAGGUAGUACUUUUCUGAUUGUACUCCAGCAGUACACUGGCAUUGGUAAAUUAGAUGCAGAGUACAUACCUGUCUCAGGAUACCUAGAUUUUUCAUCAUUAGGUUUUGAAGUAUAAAAAGAAGUAUCUUUUUAGUAGAACUCAUAUUUUUGUAUGCUGACAACUGUGUAGGGUUUAUAUAUAUAUAUAUAUAUAUAUAUAUACACACUCACUGUAUAUAUCAAUCAAGUUUUCCUAAAGAAAAUGUAUUAUUAAGAAUGUUUCCCUUUUCCUACUAGCAGAUGUGGGAUAAGUUUUCCUGUUAUGUAUGUAUAAAUGAAUAUACAGCAUGCACAGUCAUGCAGAUGUUAACACCAGUGAGAAAUUUCAGACUGCCCAGAAGCCAAUCAAGUAUUCAUUUCUUAUGUUCUUCUCCAGAAAUAACAUCUGCAUGCUAGAAAUACUGUAUGGCUAGAGUGGAACUACUUUAGAAAUAACUUCUGCUUCAGUUUGAAAGUCCAAUAUAGUGUUCAAAGAAGCUGGGACAUUUCUGCAAGUACUUAGAUUUGGACUUUCAUGGGAAUAUCCACAACUUUUGUGGGGGUGUGUGUUCUAUCUGUACCAUGUGCCAGAUUUAAUAAGGCUGCUUAGUCUUUUAACUUUUUAACAUGCUGUAUAUAGUGUACGUAUCUGGUUAUACUUGUGUUACACUUUAAAAAUGAGCUUAAUUUCUGCAUUGAGUAUUGCACACAUUUUUCCAAUGAAGAAUAUAUUGUUUGUAACGUCUCAUUAAGCACAAGAGAGCAUUACUGCUUUGAAAUAUUAUGUGUAAGUACAGCCAUACACAGAAUCUGUCAGUGAGCUUUUGUUUGAAAACAGUCAAACUAGGAGCUCUGUGGGUAGUUGAGUUUGUUAGAAGCAACCUCUGGAAUUUAAUGUUAAAUAUCCUUGAAACAUGGAUUUUAAUUACCUUUUCCUUUUUUUGUAAAGUGCCUGUGUAGCAUACUUUGGAUCAGUUGCUAUAUUGAUUAAGGAUUAAACUAAUACUGUGUACUUUUAGAUCUAUGGUUUAUUUUUUUAGUCUCUGUAUUAAAGACUGGAAUGGUAACAAUGUAUUACAGAAUGUCAGCCAGCAAUAAAACCAUUC